GUGGAUGAGGUAGUGAGCACCAGCCACCUAUCGAAUACAACAAGCCUUGACCCCUUCACGUCAAACACAUCUUGUGCGCUCACCCCCGAGAUCGAGCAGGGCCCGUACUAUGUUCAGGGUGAAUACAUCCGCUCAGACAUGAGCGAAGACCAACCCGGAGUGCCCACGUAUGUCGAUAUCGAGUUAAUUGAUGUCUCCACUUGUGAGCCAUUGACUGGUGUCUAUGCCGGAAUCGUGGCGGAAGGCAAUGGUGAUGCCACUGAUGCGAGUAACCUGAACACAACUUUCCUAUGUGGUAUUCAGCAAAUAAAUGAUGAAGGAUAUGCUCAGUUUGAGACUAUCUUCCCAGGACACUAUGCUGCACGAACUACACACUUUCAUAUGAUAGUACAUGCUGAUGGAAUGGUCUAUGGCAAUGGUACCUUUAAAUCUGAUGGCCAGCAACACGUCGGCCAAGUGUUCUUCGACCAAGACCUUAUCAAUGCCGUCGAGGCCACCUCCCCUUAUAGCAUGAACGCUAUUGCCAUUACAAAUUAUGAAGAUGACUGUUUAUUCGUGGCGGGUGUUGUGCCCAAUAGUGGAACUGGUGUCGACCCUAUCUUGGAGUACGUCUAUCUCGGUGACGACCUUUCAGGUGGUCUCCUUCUCUGGGGCACGGUUGGUGUAGAUCUUUCGGCUGGCUACGAGUCUUCACCUGGCAGUUAUCUCACUGAGAUGGGAGUUAUCAAAAACACUAACCAGAAUGCCGCUGUUGUUUUCAAUGGAGCACCGCCUAUUAGCAAUGAUACUGAUACUGGCCUUGGUGGAGGAGGAAACAGUAUCAUCACCGUGACCGACGGUGGGAGUAGCACAGACACUGAUAGUAACUCGAUGAUCCAAUUGCUUUGUACUUGUUCCUCAGCUUAA